AUGAGGAAUCUUCACGUUCCAAGAAGCGGCGCCAGGGAACCCCCUUCGUUUCUUUUUUUUUUUAACAUCUGUUCUUGCGGGGCUCGUUUUCCGCCUCGAUCGGGUUCUAAACCGCGAUGGAUCGUUUUUAACGGCGUUUUGGGCGCACGAUCGCCCCGAGGUUCUGUUUUUUUUCUUUUUUCUUCCGCCAAGCGGGGGGCCCCCGCGUCCCAAGGCCAAGAAAAAGACGGCCGUCUCCUAAAGGAAUUCUUCCCGCCAAAACGCCGGGGCCAGCGGGGAAAAAAAGUUGAUCGCGGUGGGGAUCUUCCCGCUGCCUCCCUUUCCUUGGCCCCCGAGGCCCCGGGAAUUUUAUUUUUCCUACGCAGUGUUAUGUUUUAA